CUGACCUACUCUCAGCUCAAUGAGUGUAUAGCCACACCCUCUGGGCUCUCUAUUGGUUGUCAGGAGUUACUGGGAGUUCUCCACAGUCUUCGCGUGGCCGCUCUCCAGGUUUUUCCCCCCCCUUUUUAAAGCUACUAAAACCUGUUUCACUCUUUCUGACACUUGUUGCAGCUGCACGCGCAUCAUCGAGAGAGUCCACCCCGAACCGCUUCAGCUUCUCCUUUGGGAUUUCCCGCGGGGAGUGAUGAACUCCAUCGACCCUCAGUCCCAUCACCAGCACCAGCCCCACACCUCCCCUAUCGUCGGCUCUCUUCCACAUAAAGGCGCCCAGGAGUCCCCGGACAUGGCAGCUGCGGUCUACUGCGACAACUUCAGCAGCGUGUACCACCAGCAGAGCCUCCAGGGCGCCCAGAGACCCGCCGGCUACGGCCUCGGGGACUACGCCUCCUCCCCGAACCCGUACCUGUGGCUCAAUGGGCCGGGCGUGAAUUCCUCCGCGUCUUACCUGCACGGCAACAACCCGACGCCGUUCAUCCCGCCCUCCUACGGCUCGCAGCGGCAGUUCCUCGCCAACUCACCUGGGUUCGGAGGGCCCGACCUGGGCUGGCUGUCCAUCGCCAGCCAGGAGGAGUUGCUGAAGCUGGUCCGGCCGCCGUACUCCUACUCCGCUCUCAUCGCCAUGGCCAUCCAGAACGCGCACGAAAAGAAGCUGACCCUGAGUCAGAUUUACCAGUACGUGGCGGACAAUUUCCCUUUUUAUAAGAAGAGCAAAGCCGGCUGGCAGAACUCCAUCCGGCACAAUCUGUCUCUGAACGACUGCUUCAAAAAAGUCCCGAGGGACGAGGAUGACCCAGGAAAAGGAAACUAUUGGACGUUGGAUCCCAACUGCGAAAAAAUGUUUGACAAUGGAAACUUCCGGCGGAAAAGGAAACGACGGUCGGACCCGAGCCUUUCCGGAGGAGCUGCUGCGUCCGCAGUCACGAAGCUGGAGGACGGCCGGCCGGCGGCGCCGGCGGGCCCCAUGAAGGCCUCGGACAGCCCCCAGCUCCUGGGGCCUUCUUCGCCGGAGAUGGAAGCCAUGAACGAAAACCACAAGAGCUCGUCGUCGUCGUCGCCGGCGGGGCUGGCCGCCGCCGCCGCUCCGUGUUUCAAUAACUUUUACAGCAACAUGUCGGCGCUCGGCUCGGGGGCCCCCGGCCGACAGGGGUCCCUCGGACUGGUGAACGAGCUGUCGAACAGGAACAUAACGGCUCUGAGCCCGUACCACCCCGGCGGCGGCACUGGGCAGGAGGCGGGGGCGGGGCCUCCCGACCACGGCGAGGGCUUGCAUUUUAACCGGGGAGUGUACUACAACACGUUCGGCGGCGGGCAGAGCGGACAGUUCAACGCUCACUUCUACAACAGCUUCAGUGUGAACAGCUUGAUCUUUCCCAGGGACGGGACUGAGCUCUAAGGGACGACGCCUCUCUCUCCGAGAAUCCCACUCAGAAUACGCAUCAACACUCAAUACGCUUCAUAUUCCCCACAGAGAAGUCACAGCAUAGACUGAGCUGGAGUGUCUGAUUAACAUCAGUUUAAAAAAAUGCAAAAAAACCCCAAAAAACUAAAGCAAACUACUACUUUCACUUACACCUGAGCACCUUUUUCAACUAAACUUCAAUCUUGUAACAACAAAAAGUAAAAUAUUUUAUAAACAUAGAUUUUUUUUUUUAUGAUGAACCUUACAACCAUAUUUAAAGUUGAGCCCGAACCGUCACAGUUUUAUAGUUUUUACACAAUAAAAGGGCUUGUUCAUUACUAACACAAAGCUGCCAAAGUUGCCUAUGUGACACCAACAAUACCUCAAAAGGACAGUCAUUUACUAGAGUGGCCCACCAAGGGUUUGUAUUAUGCUGUUAGACAAAUGCAGUUACGAUAAUAUGUUCAAUUAUAUGCUUGCCUUAUGAAACGGGAGCGGCUGAGAUUUUGGGAAGUUGCGAUUUAAAAAUCGUUCCUGCAGUUUAAGUCCUUUAAUAAGAUGGCAGCAAAAGCGCCGACCAGAAUUCUCACGGUUUUCAUAGCUGCCCCUCCCCAACAUGCUGCUGCACACUGCUCGUGAGCAGGCUGAGAAAGGAAACGCCGCGCUUCUCCCAAGUUUUACAAAAAAGGCGACUUCUUGUUGCUUGGAAAUCAUUAAAAAAAAACAUGAUAAUCAGUGUGGAAACUGAAGUAGCAUCACCCGUUACGCUUAUUAACAAAAUGCUGUUGGGAAACUUCAGUUAGUUUGUUAAUCAGUAAGCUGCAGACUUGAUGCCCCGCUGGAUUGUCUAACUAAUUACCCAGCUUUCUGUUCUUUUGUUGCUAUGUAACUAGAAAACCUUAAACGUGUGAUAUUCUGCUCAAUAAGCACUUAAAAACUACUGCUAAAUUUAUCAGGUGCUUUUUCUCCAGCUUGUGAAACAAGAUCAGAAUAAAUGUCUGUAGCUGCAUUUCCAUUAUGUGUACAAAACUUUUGAUAUUCCACUAAUGUUAAAAAACCCCCACAACUUUGCAAUUAAAUAAGAAAUGCAUUUAAAAUCACAUGUGAAGAAGUUUGUUCACGCGAUACGUCUUUAAAAAAUAUCAUGGCGGCGACGGAUAUAAACAGUGACGAGAUACAUUCAUAGUGGAGCCAGCAGUGCAUUGUCCAAAGAGGCCAGUUUCUAUAAAUAAGUGGGUUGCUGCUUUAUAAAAACUGACAAAAAAGUGUUUUUACUGCAGUUUUGCAAAAUGCAUCAAUUUUGAUACAGCUAAAAAAAUUAUUUUUUUUAAAUUCAGAAACUUGGCGUAUUUAUUUCCAGAACUAAACUUUGCGCAAUUUUAACGGCAAUUGAAAUGCAGCUACAGACAUUAUUGCAACAGUGACGACUGAUGUGUUAUUUAAGCACCAGUAUGACUAAUUGUUUUCUGAUUUAACAGCAACUAUAUGAUGUUUUACAUGUGUUGUUGUUUUAAACUCCUCUGUAAAUACUGUGAAACUGUGCUACUCAUGCUAAAUGCUACCCGACCAGCCAAUGCCUGCUGCCUUGUUCCUGACGUCCUCCAUGUUGACUGAAACCUCAGCACUGUGGCUUAUGGAAACCGACGUGGACCUGAUGGGUGUGUAUUUUUGUAACAUUGAAAAAACCACACACACACACACACACACACACA